AUGCGUAGAAGCUUACCUGGGCCGCCGUCAACGCCGGGGUUCCGCCGCCGCCGCCGCGCGCUCGUCGAGCUACUGGACUCGGUGAAGAUGAAAUGUGGGGAGGGGGAGGGAAGGAAGGGCCACCGCCUGACCUACUUCUCGAUUGGGGGCAAAGAAGGCGAGGGAGGGGUGGGUGGGGGCGGCGGAGCCCGGGAGCAAGGGAUCCUUCCCGGUCCAGCCGCCGCCGCCGCCCACCUGGUCUCCUCCUCGUUUUCCCUACCGAGCCAAUCACCUUCAUCCCUCGAUUUCAGAUCCAUCCACAAUCCCUGCCUCCUCUGCUCAUGCCCGAGGCCUCCUCCUCGACUCACCCCGUGUGAGCACAGCGCCCGCUUGCGCUUGGGCCAAGGACCCCGACGGCCACCCCGACAGCCCCCGCCGCCGGCGACAACAUCAGCAGCCCCCACGUCCCCGAGCACCUCUCCUCUCGUUCCCGCAGCGCCCCAGCUCCCUGCCUCCCGUGCUCGUCCCCGAGCAAGCAGCUUAGCGCCCCACCGGCCGCCGCUGAACCAACAGAGGUGCUCCCCGCGCCAUGGAAGCCACCGCAGGCCUCCACGUCGAGCUCCGCCGCCCCUGGAUCUCCUCUCCCCGUGGAGCUACUCGAGCCCUGCCCAGAGCAGCCAAGUCGCCGUUCCCGCCGCGGCCCUGCUCCGUUCGUCGCUGUCUCCGUCAGAUCCGAUGAGUCCCUGCGCCCCGGCCUCGUCCCUGCCUCCAGGUCGCCGCUCCGCCUCCCGCUCCCAUCGCGCCACCGACGCCAGGAGCUCCUGCCGGCUCCGUUGACCUACGCCCCUGCCUCUCCCGCUGCUGUCUGCUUCGCUGGGUCGAGCGAGCGCUGUCGCCCCGCCUGCGUUGACCCGCUCCAGUGCCAGCGUGGACCAGAUCCAGCCGGCCCAGCUUGCUCUGCCCUAGCCAGCGU